UAAAAGCCUUUAAAUUCAUCUCUGUUUUGUUACAAGCGACGUGAUAUAUUAUUUAGUUGUUUUAUCUACCAAUCACAUAAACUUGCCACCUGUAUAACAUACUUAUUAUUUAUCCUUUUGCUUUCUACCUUGGCCUCUAAUUGGCUACAUCAUAUCCUACCUGCCCCAAUAACAUUUUCCGAUUUCUUCAUCGUUACGUGGACAUUAUCGGGGCAACUCUCCCCGUUCAAAUCUCGCUACAGUUAGGAUUGAAUUGCAGUGCAAGUGUAACCUGCCGGCAAACGAUACCUGCUUUAUCUCGCAUCUUAAUAAUUGGUGGUUGCCGUUAUUGAGCAACUUUUACGCAUGAAUCGAGAUAAUUUAUUAGAAACUUGAGCAACAAAUUUUCCAACGGCAAUCAUGAAGACUGCAAAGCAGGUUCAACAGUUAAAAAAAUGUAUCAUCAUCUUCAUGUUUGGCAUCAUUUGCAGUACUUUAUCUUACGCAGUCUACAUCAUUGAUCCAAUUGAAGUAAUAUUUAAAUGGAAACUUACUAUGACACCAACAUCAACUGUCUUCGUUACAUGGAGAAAACCACCAGUGGAUGUACUAUUGAAUGUAUAUGUAUUCAAUAUAACCAAUGCUGACGCCUUUUUGAGAGGAGAAGAAAAAUUACGAGUUGAAGAAGUUGGUCCUUACGUGUAUCAAGAAGAGUUAGAAAAUACUAAUAUCGUUUGGCACGACAACGGAACAAUUUCGUACAUACCAAAAAGGAUAGUGACUUAUCGUCAUGAUUUAUCUGCUCGAGACCCUGAGAAGGACAUAGUCACCGUCACCAAUAUCCCAUUACUGGGUGUUACUUCAGCCUUACAUGAUUCAGGAUUCUUCGUCAAUUAUCCUCUAGCACAGAUAACACAUAUUCUUGAUUCCAAACCACUUGUCAACAUGACAGUUUAUGAAUACCUCUGGGGCUUUGAUGAUCCACUGAUUCGGUUGGCUAGUGGAGUUGUUCCUAAUUUUAUCAACUUUGAAAAGUUUGGAUUACUUGACAGGAUGUACGAUGAAGGAGAUAACGUGGUGACUAUGAACCUCCAGAAAAAUAAAAAUAUGUCAGAUGAAAAUGGUCGUUAUUUAAGCAUUGAUAAAUAUAAUGGAAGUCCUGGACUGUCAAAUUGGGGAUAUCAAGAAGAAGAAGGCAAUGAAACUAAUCCUGGGAAUACAAUCUGCAAUCGGAUUCAAGGAGCAACUGAAGGUGCAAUUUUUCCAACUCAUCUUGACAAAAGUGCAGUAUUCAGAGUUUUUAGAAAAUCAUUUUGCCGAGCUUUGCCAAUAGUCUUUAAAGAAGAGGUGAUUACUAAAGCUGGACUUCUUGGAUAUUCCUACACUUUAUCAGAAAACUUUCUAGAUCCACCUGAAAUGAAUCCGGAGAAUGAGUGUUACUGUCGUAAAAUGAAAAAGUGUCUAAAGAAAGGACUCUCCGAUUUAACUCCAUGUUACUACAAUAUUCCUGCCGCUAUUUCAUUGCCACAUUUCCUGGAUGCUGACCCAAGUCUUUUGGAAGAUAUUGAUGGUCUUAAGCCCGAUCCUGAGAAACAUCGAACAAGAGCUGUCAUCCAACCGCAAGUUGGGAUGCCCCUGGAGGUAAACUCAAGGUUGCAAACAAACCUUGUUAUGCACAGUACCAGAUAUAAUAGCAGAAUAGAGCCAUUCAACAAUCUUGUCAUUCCACUUUUUUGGACCGAUUUGUCUAUUCCUCCGUUUGAGAAUCAUCUUACAUUUGUGAUGAAAUUACUACUUCAUUCUGGACCUGUAGUUCAAACAUGUACAAUAACUAUCCUGGCUAUAGUAGGCGUAACAACAUUCUUGGUAUCACUAUUUGGAGUACUUUGGGUAUUAAACCAACAAAAUGAAGAAAUGAACAAUGAAAGAAGGGAUAGCACAGAUCUGAAAAUACCACUAGGAUAUGGUCAAUAUACAGCAAUAAGAAUAUUACCAGCAAUCAAGAAAAUUACCUCAAAAACGGAUCUCUUUGGCUAAUUAAUUGGUUCGAGAAUUGAAAAAUUCUGUAAUUAAAAAGAAAUAGAAGAAGUUUUACAAAUACUUGAGAGUUUGACGAGAAUGAAAGUGUAAGCUGUGCUGCUCAAAAUGUACUUAAUCAAAUUAAGCAUUAAGCUAGAAAAACGGCAAAUCUUUUAACAUUUUUAUGCAUCGAUUGAAUGUUUGAAUGAAUUAUGUUAGGUAAUUAUUAUUAAUGGAAUAAUAAUGCUUCGAAGCAACAUAGUAAAUAAUAUAUAGGAUUAAAAAAUUAUAAGACUGAUUGGGAUUUUGUGUUUUAAUUAAUUCAUUGAGUAAAUCAAUUGAUUAAUUAAAAAAUAAACAUAUGAAAUCAAUGAAUGAAUAUUAUUAUUGUCUAUCAAUAAGAGAUCCAUGUCACAAAAGGAAAUAUUGUUUUAUGAUCAUAUUUGAUGAUAUAUUAUCAAUAAUUUAGAAUUAAGAUCAAUAAUUAGAUAUUUAGAAAAAAUUUUAUCAGCUAGUGAAUCCAUUGAAGAUGCAUAAAAUCUAAUUGAAAUGAAAUUCAACUAUACAAAAAAUUAUAUUCAUUUCCUAAGUAGAUGAUAAUUAUUAUGAAUGAUCAGAAUUAAUUACCUGCUCAAUUAAUAACUUAAUUAAAUUUACUGAAUUUUAAAUUUAAAGUGAGAAAAUGCAAAGAAAAAAAAAACGGAUGAAAAAGAGAAAACUGAUUAUUAUCUUGCUCAAAAAAAGAUGUUCAUUUUUUGCUUUUUCAACUAGAAUACCUCCUUAAUAAAGUAAUAAAUAAUCGCAUUUAUAUAAGAAAAUAUGCAAAAAUGUUGAUUGGAUUAAAACUUAGUUAUUAAAAGAUUCAAUAAUAAUGAUAUGAAUUGAAAAUUCCGCGUGUAAUGUUGUAAUAAGCAUCAAUUAUUAUUUACAUAAAUAAUAAAUGUAUAUAUAUAUUUUUAAUUUCUGCAUGCUUUUAUAGAAAAAAAAACAAAAAAACAAAAAAAACCAAACCUGAAGUUAUUUAAUAUGCAUACAAUAUUAAAGGGUGGAAUUUUAUAAAUAUAUACAUUAUUUAUUGAUGAUUAUGUCUCAUGCAUGUACUGACAGAUCAUAUGUAUGAAUACUUACGGAACAGACAUUUGGAUUCAAUAAAAAAUGUAUGAUAAAUUAAA